CCACACUCUCUCUGCGUCGGAAACUUGCGUUUUGUGCUUUAAUUCAAUUUUGAUAAACUGUAUAUUGCAUAUGGUGCCAACUGGAAUGAAGAAGCGACGAGGACGGAGAAAGUUGAGAGCUUUUCGUGCUCCCCCUCGUCGAUGUCGUUGAUAUAUGCCUCUCUUGAUUACCUUAAUUCCUAAAUUGUGUGAUGCUUGUUAAUUGGGUUCAACCUUUCUUUUGUUUACUCUUUUCAGGAAAUGGUUUUUAUUGCUGUUCACAGUCUACAUUGUUAAAUUGAUUAAAAAAAGUAGUGUUUUUUUCUCCUUUUAAUGAUGGUGGGAUAACCGAAAGUUAUAAGAAACACAUGUAUGGGUAUGAUAAUUUUGUUACGCUUAUAACAUUCUAUUUCAUACUUACUUGGCUUGAAAUCUUGAUGUUGGAUAACAAAUAGUAUUAUUUACUUAUAUAGAUAGAUGAGAAAAGGGUUACCUAUUUGAAUUUACUGCUGCAGAGCUUUAAUUGGCAUGCUGACUGUAAAUGCGUAGAAUUUUUUGUUUUUUAACUCUUCACUCAAAAUUUCGGGUACUUGAAUAUCUGAAAAUCAGGGUUUGAGAUAUGGGAAAGAGGAAAGCAAAAACAAAGCCUCCUCCAAAGAAACGAAUGGAUAAGCUUGACACUGUCUUUAGCUGCCCUUUCUGUAAUCAUGGGUCCAGUGUUGAAUGUCGCAUUGAUAUGAAGAACCUAAUAGGGGAAGCUUCUUGCAGGAUAUGUCAAGAGAGCUUUAGCACUACUGUCACAGCUUUAUCUGAGCCAAUAGACAUAUACAGUGAAUGGAUUGAUGAAUGUGAACGUGUGAACAACCUAGAAGAUGAUGGUACUUAGUGAUUGUAAGAAUCCACGUGGUAGUGAAUAGAAUAACUGUCGAUCUAGCAUGUAAUUAUAUAAAGAUCCUGUUGCUCGCACUGGUGCAACUACAAGCUUACUUCCUAUGUACUCUCUUAGUAGAUUGUGAUGCAUAUACACAAGAACACGGGAAUAAUUGUGUCUAUUUAGAUGAAUCACUUUGAUAGGAAGUCGAUAUGUAAGCCAUAUUUCAGUUUGUUAUUGCUGUAUGUGUAGUAGCAUAUGUAAAGAUGAAAGCUCUUAGAU